AUGCCCGCCAUUUUGCUGAUCGUCUGCUGCACCCUAUGGAACGUCUACCACUACAGCAGUCGGGGUCGUUGGCCUAACCUACUGCUGCCUCCUGGCUCCAUGGGGCUGCCCAUCAUUGGGGAAACGCUUCUCUUCAUGUGCGGAAAAAAACAGUUCUUCGAAUCUAGAUUCAAACAGCAUGGUGAGGUGUACAAAACUCACAUACUGGGUUCACCUAUAAUACUGAUGAAUGAGAACAACCUUGUGACAGUUUUCUGGCCGGAGAGUGUCCGCCAUCUUCUAGGGAAGGGUUCACUCACCAAUUCUGUAGGUGAACUCCAUCGAACUAAGAGAAUGGCUUUACAGAAAGCAUUCAGUCAUACAGCUAUGUCUGACUAUAUUUCCAUCAUGCAGAAGGUUGUUCAAACUUGUAUCAAAUCAUGGUGUAGCCAGGAAAUAGUUUUUGGAUACCAAGAAUGCAAAAAUAUGUCAUUUGCACUGGCUGUUGAAGCUCUUCUAGGAUUCAGUCUCACACCGAAAGAACAAAGAAAUCUUCUGGAUGUUUAUAGAGUCUUUGAAAACAAUCUUUUUUCAUUCCCCCGGCAAUACCCAGGAUUUGGAUUCACUAAGGGUAUGGAAGCUCGGAAAACUCUGUUGGCAAAUAUCAAGGAAUGUCUUGAACUCAAGAUGCAUAAAAUGAACUCAAAUGAAGGGUCUGCACAACAUGGCUUCAAAGAUGCCAUGUCUAGAUUACUGGACAACCAAGGAGAACAUUCUGUGCACCUUCCAGACCUAAUGGAUCUGUGCCUAGAGCUUCUGUUUGCUGGGCAUGUAACCACAGCAAGUGCUGCAACAUCUAUUCUCAUCUACCUUAACCAGCACAGUGAAGUUGUCACAAAAGUUCAAGCUGAACUGGAAGAGCACGGGCUGGCUCAAAGCCAAGAGUUAGAUCUGACACUAGCAAACUUAGGACACCUGCGAUAUGUGAAUGGCGUUGUCAAGGAAGUUCUUCGCCUGUCUCCACCUGUUGGCGCGGGAUAUAGGACUGUACUGAAGUCAUUCACACUGAAUAACUACCACAUUCCUGCAGGCUGGACUAUUGCUUACAGCAUCCGAGAAACCCAGCAAACCUCAAAUAUCUUUGAAGACACAAACAAGUUCAACCCAGAUCGCUGGAUUGAUCAUAAGUACCCAGACGAGAAGUUUCAUUUUCUUCCCUUUGGAGGUGGCCCACGAUUAUGUUUGGGGAAGGAGUUUGCGAUGAUGUUCCUGCGAGUAUUUGUGGUUGAGAUUGUUCGCUCAUGUAGCUGGGAACUUGUCGAAGGUUCUGUCAAGAUGUCCUACUUCCCAGUGCCACAUCCAAAAGAUGGGCUUCCACUCAGGUUUUCUGAGAGGGUCUCCUCAACCUGA